AACAAUAUCAACCAUGCCACUCAACAAGAACGACUCGAUCCUGAUCGUCGGAGCCGGCGUCUUUGGCCUCUCAACGGCCUUGGAGCUCACUCGACGAGGAUACACCAAUAUUACCGUCCUGGACCGCUUCGCCCCACCGGUCCCCGACGGCAGCAGCGUUGACAUCUCGCGCAUCAUCAGAAUCGACUAUGCCGAUCCACUGUAUGCCAAAAUGGCCCGGGAGGCCUACAGCGGCUGGAAUGCUGAGUACAAAGAUUUCUUCGACGCCUCUGGCUACGCCAUUUUGUCCGAAGGUCCCGGACAUCCGUAUAUCGAGAAAUCGAAACAGAUCAUCUACCAAGCCGGCGGGAGGGUCGACGAAUUCCACGAUAUCAACACUCUCAAGAGCAUUCGCCCGGCUGUCAAAGCUAACCUUGCCGCCGCACAUGGCUACCACAACCCUAUCGGCGGAUGGGCCAACGCUGAAGGCGCAAUUCAGUGUCUCGCCACCCAAUGCAGCGCCGCAGGCGUAUCAUUCAUCACCGGGCCUCGCGGUACCGUCCAUUCGCUGCGCAUGUCAGGGGAUCGCGUAACCGGAGUCAACAUCAUUGAUGGAUCCCAUAUCUCGGCAUCCCAUGUCAUCCUCAGCACUGGAGCCUGGUCAACUCGGCUCCUGAACCUCGCCCACGCGGCCUCUGCAUCCGGCCAACCCGUCGGCUUCAUUCAAUUGACUUCCGAGGAAGCUCACGCCCUACAAAAGACACCCGUGAUCGUCAAUUUAACGACCGGCGUGUUCGCAUUCCCGCCAACGCCCGGAUCCAACAUCCUCAAACUAGCCCGCCAUGGGUUCGGGUUCGCGACGGCCCAGAAAUCCCAAGUCACGGGUUCGAUUGUCUCCGGACCGAAGCCGACUGAAAGUAACGCGGCCACGGGGUACUUACCGCAGGACGCCGAUCAGGGUCUCCGAGAUGGACUGAAGCAGUUGUUCCCUGCGCUUGGAGAUCGGCCGUGGUUGUAUCGGAGAAUGUGUUGGUAUACGGAUACGCCGAAGGGCGAUUUCAUUGUUGAUUGGCACCCGGGAUUGAAGGGGUUGUUUGUGGCUACUGGGGGUGCUGGACAUGCUUUCAAAUUCCUGCCUGUGCUGGGAAGAUACGUGGCUGAUUGUGUGGAAGAAAAGGCGGAUGCUUCGCUGAGGGAGAAGUGGAGGUUGGCGAUGCCAGAGGGCAAAGUAACCGGGGAGAUCAGUAUGGCUGGAGAUGGAAGUCGAGGAGGGCCUCCUUUGAGGAAGUUGACUGUGUUAGAGCAGGCGAAGCUCUAAAUGAGCAGGACCUUGGACAAACUAUGUACGUGUUGGUUAUCUUUUGCGAAGCAUGGGUAGUUGUGCUUCGUGAUACAUAAAUUCGGAAGCCAGUGAGUAUUUAGGUCCAUGAGCCGUUCGAGGGUUCUAUGAAGUAUAUGAAUUGCCUACCGGAUCAAAGUAAUUGAAUAUAUUGGGUAACCAAUGCAUGAUGUCCUAGGGAGUGCUGACAUGUGUGUUACAUGAUCCAGAAGAAGUAUUUUUGUUCAUGUUGUGACUCA